AUGGCCGCUGCUCAAGGAACGACGCUCGAGACCGGAUGGAGCUUCAAGCGAACCGACGAGGGAUGCUUCUUGGGGGCCAGUAGCUCGCGUCCCAACCGUCUUCAGCCCCUAACCCGGGAAACCUACAGGAUUCCCGACCCGUUCAUCGACACCAACGAACUCGACAUCGAAUGGAUCUGCGAGCACUCAUGGACAUACCAGACGACCUUCAUCCGCCACCAUCCCUCGAUUAUCCUGUGGGCUGGGAAUAAUGAGGACCAUCAGAUACAGGAGGAGUAUAAGCUCGAUUACGACUAUGAGAACAAGAAUCCAGAGUCGUGGCUCAAGGGGUCGUUUCCGCGCUAG